ACCUCUCUCUAGUCUCUGUCUCUCUUAUCGGCUUUGAGUCCUGUCUCCUAUUUUAUAUAUACUCAUAUAAUAAAGAAAAAGAAAAGAAAAACAAAUUUCUAGCCAAGCCUAGCUAGUAUUUAGCCUAUAAGUGGUGUAUAGUCUAGGAACCCGAUUCAUUUCACCACCAUCCUUCUCUUUGUUUAAUUUUUGUUUCUCUACUCUGAACCAAGACAAGGUGGUGGAGAAUAACAAAGUAACCAACAAGAGACAUGUCUUGUAAUAAUGGAUUAGCUUUCUUCCCUGAAAAUUUCAGUCUUCAAAACCAUCAACAACAAGAAGAAGAUCAUCCCCAACUCCUUCAAGACUUCAAUGGGUUUCUAGGUAAGAGAUCUCCAAUGAACAACGUACAAGGGUUUUGCAAUUUAGAUAUGAACGGUGAGGAAGAGUACUCAGACGAUGGAUCUAAGAUGGGAGAGAAGAAGAGGAGACUGAACAUGGAGCAAUUGAAGACGCUAGAGAAGAACUUCGAGAUUGGUAACAAACUCGAGUCAGAUCGAAAAAUAGAGCUGGCUCGUGCCUUGGGAUUACAACCUAGACAAAUCGCUAUUUGGUUCCAGAACAGAAGAGCUCGAUCCAAGACAAAACAGCUCGAGAAAGACUACGACAUACUUAAGCGUCAGUUCGAGAGUCUUAGUGAUGAGAACGAAGUCCUUCAAACUCAAAACCAAAAGCUUCAAGCUCAGGUAAUGGCAUUGAAAAACAGAGAACCAAUAGAAUCAAUCAAUCUGAACAAAGAAACAGAAGGUUCUUGUAGUGACAGAAGUGAGAACAUUUCUGGUGACAUCAGACCACCGGAGAUAGACAGCCAAUUUGCUCUAGGCCAUCCACCGACAGCUACAACGAUGCAGUUCUUUCAGAAUUCAUCGUCAGAACAGAGAAUGGUGAAAGAAGAGAACAGUAUCAGUAACAUGAUGUUCUGUGGAAUUGAUGACCAGUCUGGGUUUUGGCCAUGGCUUGACCAGCAACAUUACAAUUGAAUUGUGGUUCGAUUAUUAUUUUUUUCUAUCAAAUUAAAAUUUUAACAUUCUCGUCUUUUUUUUUUUUUAAGUGAUGAUCCCAUUCAUUCAUGUUUCAAGAAUCUAUGAUUAGUCUAGCUAAUAUGCAUAAGCAAAAAGAUCAGACUAGCUUUUUUUUGGUAAUGAGAUGUAAAAUAUU